AUGGCUUCCGAGAUACGGAAUGUUGAUGUUGUGAUCGUUGGUGCUGGUCCGUCAGGACUCAUGGCUGGUGCCUGGAUGGCACAGACAGGAAACACCGCAAUAAUUCUUGAAAAAGAAGCAUCAAGGACGCAGUAUGGUCAUGCAGAUGGGAUCGAGAGCCGAACAUUCGAAAUACUUGAUAGCUUCGGGAUGGGAGAGGAGAUCUGGAACAAAGCAAACCGAACAAUUGACUUGUCUAUUUGGAAUGAUGAUGAACAUGGGGAAAUCACUCGCAGUACUGUGAGAGAGAAUUGCAAUCCCGCACUGUCCCGUUUUCAAGAAGCCACACUGGGACAAGGUCAAAUCGAGCAGACUUUCCUCGACUUCAUUGACGCCUCCCACCUUGUUGCGGUCAAAUGGAAUACAGGUCCAAUUGAUUUAACAGUCUGUGAGGAAUCGGAUUAUCCUGUUCGUGUUGUAGUCGCAACACGGGUGCCCGGUGCCCAGUGUGAAGAGAUCGUGCAUAGCACUAUCCGCGCAAAAUUUGUCAUCGGAUGCGACGGGGCACACAGCUGGGUUCGGAAAACCCUCGGUCUUGGUCUGGAUGGCGAUCAGAUGAACGAAAAUUGGGGCGUUUUUGACUCCAUUCCUCUCACAACCUUCCCGGAUAUUCGCAGACGUUGCAUCGUUAAAUCAGCGGCCGGCCAUCUGAUGAUUAUCCCGCGAGAAGGAAGGCUGGUGAGGUUCUAUGUGCAACUUCCACCUGGUACGGAACAGCGUUUCAAGGCAAAAAAUGAUGCUUCCGAGUUUGUGAAUGUGGUCAAGAAGGCUCUGAGGCCUUACAAGUUUGAUGCUUCGAGUAUCGAGUGGUCAACUGUCUAUUCUGUUGGACAGAGACUCUGUACUACCUAUUCGUUGUAUAACCGAGUCUUUCUUGCCGGUGAUGCACUACAUACUCACUCACCAAAGGCAGGGCAGGGUAUGAAUGUCAGCAUUCAAGACACAUAUAACCUUGGCUGGAAGCUUGCCUAUGUCAUCAAGGGGAAAGCAAAAGCAAGUAUUCUACGCACUUAUCAGGGAGAACGUCUUCCAAUAGCAAAACGUCUUCUUGAUUUUGAUAAGAGAAUGGUGGAAGGAAUCAGGGAAAAGGCCCAUGCCUCGUGCACGAAGUGCUCCCUUCCAGCGAACGGUACAUUUGAAGAUACUCUUCGGGAGGAGAAUACAUCUGCCUCAGGGCUUACGGUCUGCUACAAGCCUAGCUGCCUGAUAACCAAAGCAUGGAAGUCAAGGAACUGCUCACAAGGCAUUCCAUUGCUUCCUUAUAGCAGGACCAAGCUCGCAACGAAUAUCGUCGUUGGUGCUAGAUUCCCUAACGCGCAGGUUCUGUUCCAAUGCGACUCUAGGCCCUGCAAUCUCCAGCAGGUUCUCCGAAGCACCGGAGAAUGGCAUAUGAUUGUUUUUGGCGGUGAUCUCUUAGGCGGAUCUCAGAUGAGACGAGUACAACGACUCGGUUUGAGAUUGAGCCAGGACAUGUUUUGGUCCAAGAGAGUCAAUCUAAAUUGUGAUGAUCGAGUUGGACACAUUGGAGCUUAUCUUGUCCACUGUGCACCCAGGAAGUCAGUUGAUAUGAUGGAGCUACCUGAGAUCUUCCGACCAUUUGAUCAAGUAACAGGGUUUGAUUACUGGAAAGUGUUCGCUGAUAACAACUCUUGCAGUGAAAACUGUGGGGGUGCUUACCAAGCGUAUGGGAUCGGUACAGAGGGAUGCUUGGUGCUAGUACGUCCUGAUCAGCAUGUGGCUUUCGUCGGGGCCUUGGAUGAUUUAUCGGCUAUGGAGCUGUUUUUACAGAACUUUAUGCUUUAA